AUGUGUUCAAACAUGUUCACAUAUACUUUUUAUGGUGUAGGAUACGAGUACAAACGAGCAGAGUUGUCACCCGAUGCUGCGGUAGUAGUGGCCUUCUUCGUGUGCUGGGCUCCAUUUCACUUCCAACGCCUGUUCUUCAUAUACGGCACCUCAUCUCCGCACUACCACAUCAUCAAUGAAUACCUGUUCCACGUUGCUGGAGCGUUCUACUACAUCUCUGCUACUGUAAAUCCAAUUCUGUAUAACGUCAUGAGUCACAGGUACAGGAUUGCGUUCACAGAAACUCUAUGCUGCGGUAAAGUGAAAUUGAAGAAGAGUAGAUACCGUGAGCAUUCUAGCGUGAGGGAAACCACUGUGAAUCAGACGUCAGAUGGGGGCCACCUGGUCAGGGUUCGUUCCGAGAUACAGGCAAGGAGAAACAGGAUCGAUAGCAGAUCUAGAAGACGCAGUUACUACGGGACAGAGACCACCAGUCUCUGCAAUGAUAAGUGGAUGCAAGAAACGCCGAGGAAAGUGAACAGUAUUUUGAUCAACGGUAAGACCACCCUAUGUAACAAUAAUGAAGCCAACCAACUAAUCUACAGCAAUUUUAAACUAGGUAAUGAUGACGUCACUUAG